UCCAAUCAGAAGCCAGAAUUGUGACAGCUGAAAGCGGCUUUCCUCUCUACCAAUCGGAAGGCGCCAGAUUUGUUUACGUUCAAGAAGGCAGCGUGGUGACGGGCAGCGGACGAGAAUAUUCAACGUUUUUCAACUUUUCUCAGUUAUUGCCUGUCAGCAUGCGCCUGGAGACUGUGGCGGCGGUGGUGGUGGUGGUGCUGGCGGUGAGCUGCGCGGCGGAGGAGGAGAAGAAGAAGGAGAAAGUGAAGAAGCUGCAGAUUGGGGGAAAGCUGGAAAAUGGCACAGAAUUCGACAGCAGUUACCCUCGAGGACAACCCCUGACCUUCACGCUGGGGUCAGGUCAGGUCAUCCGAGGCUGGGACCAGGGACUGAUUGGGAUGUGUGAGGGGCAGAAGAGGAAGCUUGUCAUCCCCUCGGUCCUCGGCUAUGGAGUUUCAGGGGCGCCUCCAAAGAUACCUCCCCACACCACGCUGGUCUUCGAGGUGGAACUUGUCAAGAUAGAGGAAAGAGGAGCUUUGAGGCUAAUCUAGGGUGUGUGUGGGUGUGUGCAGGUGUGUGUGGGUGUCUGGUGGAGUGUGUGUGUCUGUGUGUCUGUCUGUGUGUGAUUUUUCCCUUUCUGUAGAGAUUAACGGUAUCUGUGUGUGUUUGUGUGUGUCUGUGGAGUUUUAAGGGUGUCUAGAGAGUACUUAAAGGCUCCCUCACCCUUAACAAGUCUAGGGGUGUGUGUGUGUGUGUGUGUGUGUGUGUGUGUGUGUGUGUGUGUGUGUGUUUAUGGCUGGGAGAGGUCUUCAGUGUGUGUGUGUGUGUUUGUCUGUAAGGGUGACCAGCAUAGCCAAGAGACUGCAAGGGUGUUGGAGAAUGGUCAGGAAAAAUUUUAAGGGUGUUUCUUUGUCACCCUGUUCAGUUUAAGGGUGUUUAAUAUGGUCAGGGAAAAUUUUAAGGGUGUUUUUUGUCAUCCUGUUCAGUUUAAGGGUGUUUAAUAUAGUCAGGAAAAAUUUUAAGGGUGUUGCUCAUUACCCUGUUCAGUUUAAGGGUGUUUAAUAUGGCCAGGAAAAAUUUUAAGGGUGUUUUUUGUCACCCUGUUCAGUUUAAGGGUGUUUAAUAUGGCCAGAAAAAAUUUUAAGGGUGUUUUUUGUCACCCUGUUCAGUUUUAGGGUGUUUAAAAUGGUCAGAAAUGUUUAAAGGGUG